AACGUUGUCGAAGCACAAAUUCAAACCCAGUUUUAUUUACUUAAGAUGGCUGGACAAGGUUUGAAGGCAUUAUAAUCGAUUCAGAUGGCAAGUUUUUUAAAUCUUUAAUAACAAAAGGUUGUAUAAAACCCGCCUGCACAUUAAUGCUAGGCAACAGUUUCCACGGACUUGUUGUUUGGUUACAAUUGUGAUACCAGAUUUUCAUCUACAAAAACUCGAGAGAUUUAAACCAUUUUAACUGAGUACUUUUAUAAUUUAUAGAAAAAGAGAAAGAUACCCAAAUAUUAAAAACUUUUUGAUAAGAAUUAUGCUUGUUUAAAUAAAUAUUCUCCACAUUGUUUAAUAACAACAUAAAUGUGUAAUUGUUUUGUAGUUUGAGAGUAAAGAUCAAGAACGGACGGGAAAAAGUUAUGCUGAAGAGUAUUGUAUAAUUAGAAUUUAUUUAACACAUUAGAAAUCCAUCCAUUCAAAUCAUAUUAUUGAUUUAAAUAUGUAUGUAUGUUUUUAAUUUUUCUAACAAAUUUGUUUAGUUAAUAACAUGAUUCAACCAAAAAAUUUAAAAGAUCUGGACAAAAAGACCUUUAAAGAGUGGUUGGAUUCCUACGAUACUAUUUUAACAGAUUGUGAUGGCGUUCUUUGGGUUUAUGGCAGUGUCAUCGAUGGCUCUGUGGAGGCUAUAAACAGCUUAAAAGAACUGGGCAAGAAAUUUUUCUUUUGCACCAACAAUUGCACCAAAACACGCAAGGAACUACUGGUGAAAGCCGUCGAUAUGGGUUUUAAUAUCACAGAGGAAGAAAUCAUCUCAACAGCACAUUCAGGUGCGGCCUAUUUAAAGGGUCUUAACUUUGAUAAAAAAGUAUUCGUCAUAGGUACAGAGGGUAUAACAAAAGAACUCGAUGCUGUGGGUAUAGAACAUAAUAAGGUGGGUGCUGAAUGCAUGCCCGGUUCAUUGGAGGAAUAUAUUUCUAAACAUUUGAAAUUGGAUGAAAAAGUGGGUGCUGUAAUGGUGGGAUUUGAUGAACAUAUUAGUUUUCCAAAACUGACACAAGCAGUCACAUAUUUAAAUGAUCCGGAUUGCUUGUUUAUCGCCACAAAUACAGAUGAAAGUUUUCCCAUGCCUCAUAUGGUGGUACCGGGAACGGGAAGUUUUGUUAGAGCCAUUGAAACAUGUGUGGAGCGAAAUGCUUUAGUUAUAGGUAAACCCAAUAAAGAGAUAUGUGAACAUCUUAUCAAAGAUGGCACCAUUAAGCCGGAAAGAACUUUAAUGAUAGGUGACAGAUGCGAUACUGACAUUCUAUUGGGCUAUAAUUGUGGCUUCCAAACUUUGCUGGUGGGUACGGGCAUACAUCAACUAAACGAUGUGCAAGCCUGGAAAAACUCCAAUGAUCCCGAAUUGCUUAAACUUAUACCAGAUAUGUACUUACCUAAACUGGGCGAUUUACUGCCUCAUAUGUGAAUUCAGUUUUCUUUUGAACUUAAUUUUAAGACUUGUUAUCAACUGUUGUGACAUUUAUCUAAUUUUUUAUAAACUUCCAUUAAAAAAA